AUGGCUUCUGCAGUUCCAAAUACAUGUGUUCGAUGGAUGUGGAAAGCAAAUAGCGAUCCAUUCUCCGAUUCUGAACCAGCCAGAUGGGAACUUUACUCUGAUGUUGAAAAUAGAAUCAUUGAAGACGCAUUCCAAGCUGGUCAAAGUCAUGCUGUACUUGAUACCUAUAGCAUUAACUUUAAGCGUGGAAUUCAAAUCCUCAAUUACGAUGGUAAGAAACAGCGUCCUAUUAAACGUGAGAUUAUCAACAAAGCUGAUCAGCCUCCGCGUAAAGAACGGUUCACAUUUACUCCAAUCGAUCCCGAGCGACCAUUUGCUGGUUUAUAUGGUUGGAUUUCACCUUUCAUACGAGGAGCAGCCAAAGAACUAAACAUUACCAAAGACCAAUUACCUUCUAAAGAUGAAAAAUUUGUUCCUAUAAUUGUGGAGAGAGCAGCUACCGGAAUUAUUGAGGAAGGAAAAAAAAUUGGCAAACAACGUGAAGCCGAAAAGAUGGCGGAGAUGUUAACAACGACGAAAAUUUUAGGCAUGAAAGAAGUGUGGAAAUGUUGUGCGCGACUGUACUCAAUGGAGAGUUUCUUAUAUAGAAAAUUAAAUGAAACCAUGCGAUUAAUUGGCACCCAGCAGCAUGAGCAAGAAUGGCGCAGUAAUAUUCAUACAUUGGGACCAUUCUGUUUACUCCUAUGGGACUAUCCGUUUGAUAACAAAUCAACCGAGCCAGGAACAAUGUUUUAUCGUGGAGCAAAUCUGUCCGAUCAAUCGAUUUCAGUUUUCAAGAAAGAUUGCUUACAAAAAGAAGACAAAACAAAACGUUCUUUUCCAGCGUUCACAUCCUGUAGUCGAAAUCGACAGAUAGCUGAACUAUAUGGCAAUGUUUUGUUUAUUAUGACAGUUAAAUAUGCUUUUACCGUAGAUAUUACACCAUUUUCACAAUAUCCAGAUGAAGAAGAAGAACUACUUUCUCCAGGCGUUUGUUUUACUGUUGAACGCGUUGAAUCCAAGGAAAGCAAAUAUAUAAUUUAUUUAAAUCUUAUACAACAGUACAGCCAGGCUGAUCGACUAGAAAUUAAUGAUCGUCCUCCUAAUAAUGAUCUUACUUUUGAUAAUGAUAAUCGUCUUAGUCGUCUUGGUUUUGGUGAUCAUCUUAAUCGUAUUGCUGCUGUUCUUAAUGAUAAUGAUGGUGAUGAUAUUAAUAUUUAUAGUACUGCUCUUGAUGAUCUUACUCUUGAUUUUAAUCUUCUUGGUUGUGCUCUUCCUGAUGGUGAUCCUGAUCGUUUUCGCGAUGGUAGCGAUAGGGAUUGGUGA